AUGGCUGUCCCCAUGGGUCUGAGGGUGGCACGGGGCUGUGGCGGUGCCGGUGCCGGUGACAGUGGCAGUGGCAGUGACAGUGACAGUGACACGGCGCUGGCCCCGCAGUUUGCCUUCCUGUUCUACCUGCUGACCUACGUGGGGGCCGCGUGCAACGGAGUGACGCUGCUGGCAGCGGGUGUCGUCGCCGCCUUCACCUUCCCCGUGCUGCAGCGGCGCCACCAGGCCCAGAUCGAGCAGUGCCUGAGCCUGGCCCGGAGCCACCUGAGCCACCUGCGAGCCAGGUCGGUGUCCCCGGUGUCCCCUCCCUGUCCCCUUGGGGGUGUCCCCAACCCCUCCCCAGUGUCCCCAACCCCCCGGGAUGUCCCCAGGGAUGUCCCCAACCCCUCGGGGAUGUCGCCAAAGGGACCCCCGGGAACGAGGCCGGGAGCCCCGGGACCCCCGGGAGACCGAGAGGGACCCCCGGGACCCCGAAAGGGGCGGAGAGACCCCGGAGAACGAGCGGGACCCCCGCGAGACCGAACGGGACCCUCGGGACCCUCGGGAACCGGAGGGACCCCCGGGGACGGGGCUGGGACCCCGGGACCGAGAGGGACCCCCCGGGAACCGGGCUGGGACCCCCGAGGUCCCCGGGACACCGAGAGGGACCCCGGGAACAGACCGGGAUCCCGGGAACCAGGCCGGGACCCCCGGGACCGAGAGGGACCCCCCGGAACGGGGCUGGGACCCCGGGACCGAGAGGGACCCCCGGGAACCGGGCCGGGACCCCCGGGAGCGAGAGGGACCCCGGGAACGGGGCCGAGAGUCCCGGGACCGAGAGGGACCUCGGGAACCGACCGGGACCCCCGGGACCGAGAGGGACCCCCGGGAACCGGGCUGGGACCCUCGGGACACCGAGAGGGACCCCGGGAACCGAGAGGGACCCCGGGAACCGACAGGGACCCCCGGGACCGAGAGGGACCCCGGGAACCGGGCUGGGACCCCGGAGACCGAGACGGACCGCCGGGACCCCGAACGGGGCGGGGAGAUCGCCGGGAGUCCAAACGGGACCCCCAGAAACGGGGCCGGGACCCCCGGGACACCGAGAGGGACCCCGGGACCGAGAGGGAUGGGGAAAUCCCGGAGACACCGAGAGGGACCCCCGGGAACGAGGCCGGGAGCCCCGGGACCCCCGGGAGACCGAGAGGGACCCCCGGGACCCCGAACGGGGCGGGGAGACCCCGGGAGUCCAAACGGGACCCCCGGAACGGGGCCGGGACCCCCGGGACCCCGGGACACCGAGAGGGACCCCGGGAACGGGGCCGGGACCCCCGGGACCCCGAAAGGGGCGGAGAGACCCCAGAGAACGAGCGGGACCCCCGCGAGACCGAACGGGACCCCCGGGAACCGGGCCGGGACCCCCGGAACCCCCGGGACUCCGAGAGGGACCCCCGUGGCGGGGAGACCCCCGAGAGUCGAAAUGGGACCCCCGGAACGGGGCUGAGACCCCCGAGAGCUAAGAGGGACCCCCGAGACCCCCGAGAGACCGAACGGGACCCCCGGAACGGGGCUGGGACCCCCGGGACCCCUGGAACGGGAACGGGACCCCCGGGAACCGGCAACCAGGCUGGGACCCCCGGAACGGGGCUGGGACCCCCGAGAACUGACCGGGACCCCCGGAACAGGACAGGGACCCCCGGGAACCGGGCUGGGACCCCCGGAACCAGGCUGGGACCCUCGGGACGGGACAGGGACCCCCGGGACACCGGAAACCGGGAGGGGAAACCCCGAGAACCAACCGGGACUCCCGGGAACGGGAGAGGGACCCCCGAGAGCCCGAGCGGGACCCCCGGGACACUGGAAACCGGGCGGGGACCUCCGAGAACCGACAGGGACCCCCGGGAAGGGGACAGGGACCCCCGGGACCCCCGAGAGCCCGAGCGGGACCCCCGCAACGGGGCUGGGACCCCCGGAAUGGGGCUGGGACCCCCGAGAGCCGAGUGGGACUCCCGGGACACCGGGACCCCCGGGACCUGCCGGGACCGGGGCCACCGGAGGGGGCGGGGCCGCGGCACCGGACGGACGGACGGACGGACGGAUGAGCCCGGGGCGUGGGAACCGCCGCCCCCCGCCGCUCCCGCCGUGACUCAGCGCCGGUCGCCGCCGCUGCCGUCAGCCCCCGCUGCCGCCGAGGCACCGGGACCCUCGGGACCCCCCGAACCGGGACCCCCGGGGAGCGCGGGCGAGCGGGGGCGGGGACCGGCACCGCCCCCAGCCCCGCUGCGCCACCCACGGGACCCCCGGAGCUCCGGAGCCCGCUCCCGGUGA